CUGGUUCUCAAGACCUCACAGAGGAUCAUAAUCGACCAUGGCAAUGGCAACUCUUGCUUCCUCUUCCUCUAUCGUCUUCACCGCUAAUCCAUCAUCAUCUACUUCCACUUCUUCUUCUGCAGCUCGUUCCUCGGCCCUUCCGCCACGCCUCACCCUCUCCUCUUUAUCUUCGUCAACCACUCUCUCUUCCCUUUUUUCAAUUUCUCCAACUUCGGUCGCUUAUUCCACCAGUUCAAGGCGGGUUCUAACUUGUAUCCCGGCCUUCAGUGUCGUCAAGGCCAGUGCUGCAGAGAAGAAAAAGGUGCUCAUUGUCAACACCGACAGCGGCGGACAUGCAGUCAUUGGCUUCUACUUCGCCAAACAACUUCUGGGUUCCGGCCAUGAGGUCACCGUUUUAACUGUGGGUGAAGAGAGCUCUGACAAGAUGAAGAAGCCGCCUUUCAACCGAUUCUCAGAAAUUGUGAGUGCUAAUGGGCGGACAGUUUGGGGUGACCCUGCUGAUAUUGGGAAGGUGUUAGAGGGAGCUACAUUUGAUGCAGUAUUGGAUAACAAUGGCAAGGACUUGGAUGCUGUGAGCAGAUGACAGUGUUCAGAUGUCUUCGUCAAGACAAGAACUAACACGUUUCUAUGGGGACCUCUUUCCACAAUCUGUGAAUAACAGGGCAUCAUCAAAGUGCUACUUCUUGACAAUGGAGGUGGGUGUUGGGAAAUUACGCGAUUACUUCGCUUGAUGAUGCAGGGAGAGAACUGUUUAGGUCGAAAAUCAAGUUCAGUGACACUUGGCAAAGUUUUGAAUUGGGAUCAGGACAGCUAACAGGAAAGAAAGGUGUUCUUUCCAUCAAUCGAGAAGAAUACAGUUUUGAAUUGGCAUCAAGACCGCUAAUAGGAAAGAAACGUGUUCCUUCCUUCCAUUAAGAAGUUUCCCAAGCAUGGAGGGAUUAUGCUAUCAGUAUGGGUAGAAUUGUAAUCGAAUCGAGCUGCUCAAAAAUUCAACUUGAACUUGGGUUUAUCAAGUUCGAAUAGCUCAAUAGAUUUACCAAGUCGAGUUCAA